AUGGGUGCACUCUUUGCUUACUCUGCCUCUGUCCAGUUAAACGACCCUGAUUGGUACUUUUGGUUCCCUCUGUACACUGGUGCCUGUGCUGUAAAUCUGAUGAACGUGGCAGCAGCUACCUCCAAUCCUGUUUCCAGAAGGAUUGCAGAAGUGACUUUGUGGGCUGCCCUAUUCCUGUUCUGCAAAGUUGUGGUGGAGGAUCUUGCCACUGGAACUGCUGGUUUAUGGUCUUUGGAUCUGAGGGAGAGAGUUGUGAGAGAGAAAAUUGGGAGUGGGAUGGUUUUUGUCUCCAUGGUUUUGCAUUUUAAGGCAUUUCCACUGCCUGAGGCCGAAGGUUUUCAGCUUUGGACUCCCUUCUGUUUUCUUCAGAGUUAUGGGUGGUGGAGAAAUGAAGUUCGAGUGAUAGUGAAGUAUGAAUGGAUCAUCAUGUCGUUCCAUCGAUCGACCAUGUCACAAUGGUUGAUAUUCAGGCUCCUCCGUUCUGGGACUUGUAGUAUAGUUUACCUUGUGAUAGAAUCAAGGAAACAACCCUUACACAGAGGGGAUUGUACUGAAAGGAGUCAUUUUAUGCAAUGCAAUAUCAGAAUUCCUGCACAAAAGAAUGCCUGCCCUGCCCAAAACAAGAUAGCCGCUAGAAACCCCUUCAAUAAAUAA